AUGCAGAUUGCUUGUAAUUCUAGCGAUGUAGUUCCACUCUGCCAAUGUAAUAGCAUAUUUUCAUCAACAGUACCUUUUCGGCUUGCACAGUUGGGGGCAAUUACUACCCUGAACGUUGUUUCUGAUUCUCCCCUACUAGCAAAGCUUCACCUCUCCUUCUCCCUUGGUAUUUCAGAAACCCCAGAUUACCCCUCUGUUCCAGUAACCUCAUCGCCCAUGGUGGAGAUUCCCUGGGAAGAAUUUCUUCAUUCAGAGAGACUUGAGGAAGGAGAAGAGGAAUGUGAAGUUAUUGAUGAAUUGGAGAUUCCAUCUCAGGAGCUGUUGUGGAUCACGAACAAGCAUAGGGCUUGUGCCGCGGUGGAGGAAGCUGUGUUUCAGUGGAGCUAUGCUUUGGGUUGGGCUUCGCUCCAUCUCACUACACAUUCGAGAGUGCAUGGCUCGAUUGUCAGGAUAUUAGAUUGGUGGAACCCACGUCAUCUUAUUCAAUUGGAUUCAAAUGAAUCCUGCUCUUGUGAACCAUCUCCAGCAGUUAAGAGUGCGUUGUGCACAGUGGCAUGGGCUAUGGAUUAUAGUUGUGAUGGCGGUGCUAUUUGCGAUGCGGAGGGUGGAGCGUGGAGCGUGGCGCGUCGAGCACGGAGCAUGGACGUGGGAGGCAGAGGGAGCGGUCAGCCAGAAAUGCACAUGAGUGACCAGGCUAUGCGGAGGCUGGAGUAGCUGAUGGACUCUGCGCAGAACUAGAGAUGCACAUGAGUGGGCCAUUGGCAGGGGUGGGCGAGUUUGGAUCUGCUAUUCUUAUGAUCACCUGGUUUGGUCGUAAAUGUGAAGAUUCAACAUCUGUCUCACUUCCUGACAUUACAAGGGUGAAGAGGGAUAUGUAUAGAUAGUAGCAAAAAGGACAGCUGUUGGAUCUUUACAUGUACAAACAGGUGAUCGUAAUUGCAGCAGAUCCAAAUUCGGGGUGAGUGAAGGGUGCAGGCACAUGAUUUACAGGAUCUUUAUGCUGUAAAUAUAGUGGGGAUUCUUCAUGGUGGACAGAAUUAAUGUCUUCCCAAUCUUUCAUGCACCCAUGAAAUACAUUUUCACGACAAAAAGAGGAAAAUAUUAGAGAGAGAGAGAGUGUAAUAUUUAAUGAUAAGCUAUUUGAAGAUAACAAGAAAGAGUAAAUUACUUGGCCCUCCCUUAGAUUA